AUGUUGUUCCGGUCUCUCGUGGCCGCCAGCGCGCUCUCCCUAGGCGCCUCGGCUUUCCUGGUUGUCCCAGAAACUGACCACCACCACAAUCUCCCUGUCGCUCAUGCUAUUGAACUCGAAGAUGCCCGCACCGAGACAGUCCAGCUGGCCUGUGAUGACUGUCCCUUCCCAGAGACCGGCUCCGAUGGCGUCGUCACUUGGACCGAAGCCACCCGGUCUUCUUUGGAUCUGAAAUUUCGUGCUCAAGAUGGCAGUCUCUACGUGAAUGAUGCCCGCAUUUUCCCAGUCUCUCCCGACACCGUCGAAAUGGUCAAAGCCGUGCAGCGAAGGGAGUCCGAUGGCCAGGAAACUGAGAAUUUGAACCUGGGUUUCGCUCUCAUGGCCUUUCCCUUGGCCCCCCCUCGAGAUGACAUGGAACUCCUCCAGAUUCGGUUUUCCCCACUCGACAUUGACGGCCACCCAGCGCCCCUCGACACUGUCUCCAUCACAGUCAUUCAAACUGCAGCUGGCGAGCUCUUUAUCAUACAAACUGAGGUCGAGCUUCCUGCUGGACAGGAUGACCAUGAUUCAUGGAAGAACUGCAAGGGCGAUAUUCAGUGCGUGAGGCACCUGGUCUUUAACCGCAUUCGUGCCUUGGUGCGGAGCGCACAGGCCCAUAUGAUGAACUUGAAGUCCAAGCUUGGUUUGGGUAUCGGUUGCCAUGGCAAGCCUCAGGCUCCUCCUCACCACAAACCUGGUCAUCACCGACAAGGAGCCGGUAAGUUUGCGGAGGAUGACCACGAGGGCGACCAUGAAGGCCACGGACAUCCUCACCCGCAUCACCACCAUAACCAUGGUCUGCGCCGCACACUGUUCCAUAUCGUCCGCUUUAUUUUGGCUCCAGCCAUCCUCGGUAUCCUCGCUGGUCUUACUGCUAGCGCCAUCGGCAUGCUUUUCGGUCAAGCUAUCGUAUUUUUGUGGAUGCGCUACCGCCGAGCCACCAGCAGUCGCUCUACCUCGAGCUUGGAGCAAGGCUCUGCUUCCGAGAAGGCUGUUCUGAUGGAGGAAGACCUGAAUGAGGAGCUUCCCCCAUAUACUGACGAUGACCACGCUCACGCAGAAUACACGGACGCCAAAUAA